GACGAAUUUUUAUGUUUGAUCACAUUAGCUAACUGUCCAUAUAGCGGCACGGAAAAAAACUCUGGUAAAGUUGUCGACACUGAUCUUUUUUUUUUUUUACAUUUUCCAAGAUGAACAGAAUUCUUCUCAGCAUUUUCGCAGUUGGCCUGUGUUUUUCAGUUGGCCAGGCUCUGAAGUGCUACAAAUGUGACUUGGGCUUCUGGGACUUGUGCUACACCACCGAAGUCAACUGCAAUGCCGGGGAGAAUUGUUUCAGCGGUGUCGGAAAAGCAAUUAAGUUUGUGGACAUCAAGAUGAAAGGCUGCCUGAAAGUGAAUGAAUGCAACAAGACGAUCACAACCGAUUUCCCUAACAGCUCCAACCGCACAGUGUACAACAUAAUGAAGGCCUGCUGUGACACGGACCUGUGUAACGCUGCCCCGGGCCUGCCCCGAAUGAGCAUCCUGCCCCUAGCCCUCGCCACCCUGUCCACUGCCUUCAUGACCAAAGUCCUGGUGUAAAGGGGCGAAUCCCUGUGUGGCCUACACACAUACAUAUGCAGAGGUUGAUAUACAUGUAGGUUGAUGGUUCGCACACCCACACGCACUCAUCAAACAUUAGCACCAAUCUGUCUGUGUGUAUAAGAACUGCAUUACGUUUGUAUAAUUUAAGCCAAGGAGGAAACAUAUGUUAAAGUGUACCAUAUACCAGCUAAACCUUUUAAAAUGAUUUCUAUUAAAGAAUUUGAUUUGUCCUUGA